AUGAAAAGGUUACUGGAAACUGGAUCGCAAUAUUCAUUAAAAAGACCAACUCUAUUAAAACAUAUGCGGAACAUGGUGAAUGAACUUUAUCAAGACGGUAUUCCUGUUAGUCCUUCAGUCUAUGAAAAGCUUCUUGAUAUAUAUUCCACAAAACAAGCACGACAAAUGGUGAUGCCUCUUAUAUUAGAAAUGGAAGCCAAUGGAGUUCCUCUUACAGCUGAAUUUUUCCACAAGGCACUGCAGGCUGCUUCAGAUAACGUUGAUACGAUUUUACAAGCAAGGAUUUUGGAACGAAUGGAGAUACAUGGAGUGAAAAGGACAGCACAAACAUACAAACUACUGAUAUUAACGAUGAAGGAAAAUCUAGAAUUCGAACGGGCACUGGAUACAUUGGAAGAAAUGAAACAAUUAGACAUCAAACCAACACCAGUAAUCUUUAUGACCAUGAUCGAUUUUGCACUACUAUUCAAUGAAGCCUCGAUUGCCUUUGAUUUAUUAGAACAGAUGGAAAAGGUGGAAACGAUUACAAAAAAACAUCUAUAUUUAUCUGCUCUCCGUUGUGCUGUAUUGACUGACAACUAUGAAAUGGUCAAACGAUAUUGGAAAACAUUGACUAAAGAUAAAAACUUAUUACCUGAUGAUGGCCUUUGCAAACAUGCACUUCUUGUGGCAGCUCGAUUCAGCGAUCCUCAACUAGCAUACGAUGUACUUUAUACAACUGGCGAUCUUGGAUACCCUUACACUGAUCAUCAUUUUACUUGCCUAUUAGAAUCAUUCGCUUCUACUUCUGAUAUGAAAAAUACCUUCCGAGUUUUGACAGCUAUGCGACAAGCCGGUAUCACACCAUCCAAAUCAACUUUGACACCUGUGGCUUUAAGAUUAGGCAAGGACGUUAAUGCAAUUAUUCAAGCAAGACAAAUGCUAGUGGAAUUACGGAAGGAGAACGAUAACAAGGGAUUAGUGGAUGUAGCAGCAUUCAACAUGAUCAUUCAUACAUUUGCGUAUAACGGACAAUUCGAAGAAUCUCUGGCGACAUUUGAUUUAGCACAAGAUUUGGGUGUGACUCCUAAUGUGGACACAUUGGAUGCUCUUUUGGAUGCCUGUAUUCAUCAGCGUAGUGCAUCACAUGGUAAAGCCUUCUUCAAUUCCUUUAGAAAAUCUGGUAUUCAACCAACAGUGGUCUCUCUUUCGAAGAUGGUAACAUUGAUGUGUACACAAGAAAAUUUUGAAGAUGCCUUUGUCUAUUUGGAACAAAUCAAAAAAACUGGUCAGAUACCAUUACGUGGAGCCUAUUAUAGAUUGAUCAAGAAACUAGCAGUCAGCAAUGAUCCUCGAUUACAGAUGGCCUUGGAUGAUAUGGAAGCCUGUGGAUACAAUCUAUCAACGCAUUUGGAUGAUUAUAUGGAAGACAAGGCCCAAAUGCAUGAAAAGCGCGCAAGGAAAAGGGGUUUACUCCCAAUUGAAAAGCAUAUCUAA